AUGCAGAUGGCCCGUGAUUUCUCCGUGAACCACUUGAUUGAUCUUGGGGGGGGGGGGGGGGGAGAGAGAGAGAGAGAGAGAGAGAGAGAGAGAGAGAGAGAGAGAGAGAGAGAGAGAGAGAGAGAGAGAGAGAGAGAGAGAGAGAGAACGCAGAGAGAGAGAGAGAGAGAGAGAGAGAGAGAGAGAGAGAGAGAGAGAGAGAGAGAGAGAGAGAGAGAGAGAGAGAGAGAAGGCCCGUGGCUCUUCAAAGGGGGCAAUCAGUCGGGUACCUAG